AUGGACUCCGUCCACGCUCUAUUCGCAACCUACGUACUCCCCGGCAGACAGAUCCCAGGAGACACAACAACACCACCAUCCAAACGCAGCACCGCCGACCCAUUCCACAGCGGCGGAAAGAUCUACUCCCUAAUCCGGCGCGUCCACAUCCUACACUAUCGCGGGCGGCAGGAACGAAACCUCAGCGCCCAAACCAUCUCCCAGGCAGUGGAGGUAUGGAACGAGCUCGAGCGCUGGGAUCCUUCCCAGGAUACAUCUGGGCCUGAACAGAUUCGGUUGAAUAAUGCGUACCGGUCUGCGCUGUUCAUUUGGACGUAUUUCACGAUUUACCCGCGCGAUAUGCACGGCUGGAAACCGCAGGAUGCGGUUCGGGGUGUUUUGGAUGAUGUGGCUAGGGUGGAAGAGGCUGGGCUGGUGCGUCUUGCUGUGAUACCGCUUUUCUUUUGUGGGUUGAGCGCUACUAGGGAGGGUGAUCGCGAGGCGCUGAGGAGGGAGUAUGAACGGGUGAGAGGGUGUGGAGGGGGUGGGAAUGGCGGGCUUGAUGCUUCGUGGGAGAUUGUGCAGAGGCAGUGGAGGAGGCAUGAUGCUGGGGAUCGAAGGAAUUGGGAUUGGGUGGGAUGA